AAAGCUGAGUAUAUUCAUUACAAUAUUUCAUAGAAGAUAGAGUAUGGAUGUUGAUGAUCAUGAUAAGCCAUGUGCCCCCGUCGCAUGUUCGCAGAAUAAAUACGACGUUUUCAUCAGUUUUAGAGGAGAAGACACUCGCGCAAAUUUUGUAAGUCAUCUAUAUAAAGGACUCAAAGACGGAGGAAUUGAAACGUAUAUUGAUGAUAGACUUGAGCGAGGAUAUGAGAUUUCCAAAGCUCUUUCGGAUGCUAUCAACAACUCUAAAUUUUCCAUAGUUGUUUUCUCAGAAAAGUAUGCAUAUUCGUCGUGGUGCUUGGAUGAGUUGGUGCAUAUUCUCGAAUGCAUGGAGAAGAAAACACAAAUCGUUCUGCCUGUGUUUUAUCAUGUAUCGCCUAGAGAUGUGCGCGCACAAAAAAGAAGUUAUGCAAAAAUAUUUCGGGAAUACGAAGAACGUUACAACAAUAGUAUUAUACAUAGAUGGAAGGUUGCUCUUGCUACAAUAGCUAAUCUCUCAGGAUGGCAUGCAUCAAAAAAUAGGAACGAAGCUGAGUUAGUUGAAGUAAUUGUCAACCAUAUUCAAGGGAUGUUAAGAUUUACAAUAUCUUCAACUAAAUACUUGAAGCAAUUAGACUUAGUUGGAAUUGAGAAGUCUAUUCAUCAUAUCAACCUGUUGUUGUCCAAUGCUCCCAUGGUAGGAAUUUGUGGCAUGGGUGGAUUGGGGAAAACCACCCUAGCUGAUGUUGUAUUCAAAUUAUAUCGUCAUCAAUUCGACAGUUAUUGUUUUCUUCGAAAUAUUAGAGAAUUGCAACAAAAGUAUGGUUCAACUUAUUUGACAAGAGAGUUGUUCUCUAAAUUGUCAAAAAUUAAAGAUUUCGAUGAUGAAAAUAUGGAUGUUGUAAAGAACAUGCUUUGUCAUAAGAAGCUACUCAUAGUUCUCGAUGAUCUUGACGACCUCGACGAAUAUGAUGCUUUACUUAAAGAUAGUAAUUUUUGGUUAAGUUCCGAAAGUAAAGUUAUUAUAACAAGUAGGGAUCAACAAGUACUUCGAAAUGUUGUUGGAGAUGACGAUAACAUAUACAACCUGAAAUUUCUAAACGACGAGGAAGCUCUUGAUCUUUUCCAUUUGCAUGCUUUCAAAAGAAAAAAGGUUGACGAAAGCUACAUAGAAUCCUCAAUAAAGUUGGUGAAAUAUGCUCAAGGUUUACCGUUGGCUCUCAAAGUUUUGGGGUCUAAUCUAUACUUAAAGAGCAAGAAAAUAUGGGAAAGCUUGUUGAAGAAGUUGAAAGUAAAUCCUGAUCAAGGAAUUCUAAAUGUAUUGAAAAUAAGUUUUGAUGGACUUGACAACAUGGAGAAGAAUUUGUUUCUUGAUAUAGCAUGUUUCUUUAAUGGUGAAGUAAAAUGUCAUGUGAAAAUCAUAUUGGAGGAUAGUGACUCAUUUGAUGCUAUUAUUGAAGUUCUCAUUGAUAAGUGUUUGAUAACUGAUGUUAAUGGUAGACUUCAAAUGCAUGAUUUGUUGCAAGAAAUGGGUCGAUCGAUUGCUCGGGGGUUAGAUCAUAACUGUUCGGGAAACUAUAGUAGGUUAUGGAAGCUCAAAGAUAUCUAUCGAUUCUUGAAAAAUACUACGGAGGAUGCAAGCACAAUUGAAGGAAUAUUUCCAAAUGAUAGCGAAAUAUUCUUUUCAGAAGAUCAAGAGCCCAUGAACUUGGACCCUUUAAUCUUCGAAAAAAUGCCAUAUUUACGAUUGCUUAAAUUGGCAUAUUUUCAAAUUCGUUGUCAACUUCCUCAAGGUCUUCACUCUUUUCCUAGAGAUCUUAGAUAUCUGAGAUGGGAUUGUUACCCGUUAAGAACAUUAGGGUCAAAUUUUACACCACAUAAUCUUGUUUAUCUGAGUAUGACUGAUAGUGAGCUUGAGAAACUAUGGGAUGAAUUCCAGGAUAUGAAAAACCUAAAAUAUGUCGAUCUUGGAGGCUCAAAGAAGUUGACUUGUCUCCCAAAUUUAUCUAGAGCAAAUAUUUGGAAGCUUGACCUAGAAUUUUGUACGAAUUUAGUUGAGCUCCCUCCGUUGAAGUUUCAUACAAAUUUUGACGAUGCGAAAGAUGAAACAAAAGCAAUUAAUUUCUACAACGGUUGCAUACUUGAAGAGAAAUGUGACUUACUACUUUUGGAGGGUGUUUGGUUUGGCGGAUUGAAGGAUUGUUUUCUUAAUCGCAAUAUGUGCUCUAAUUUGAGAAUUGUUUCUGAGAUGUCUGGUAAUAUCAAAUACAUAUGUUUGCGUUCCACGGCAAUAGAAGAAUUGCACACUUCCAUUGGAUCUCUCGACAAUCUUUUCGUGCUCGAUCUCUUUGGUUGUCGACAUCUCAAGAAUCUUCCUAGCAGUAUUUUUGAUUCGACAUCAUUGAGUAUUCUUGAUAUGCAUGGAUGUGUCUCUAUCAACACAUUUCCAAAGCUUCCGAAAACCCUAAAGGCAUUAGAUUUGAGUGGAACAUCAAUACAACGAAUCAACUCAUCAUCGUUCGAGUCCAUGCCCUUUCUCAAGAAUUUCUACAUGAAUAAUUGCACAAAACUCGAAAGCAUUCCAACUACCAUUUGUAAGUUGAAGUCUCUCCAAGUACUUUCUUUUAUAAAUUGCUCGAAAUUGAAAAGCUUUCCCGAAAUUUUAGAGCCAAUGGAGAAUCUAGAGAUGCUUUAUUUAAACGGAACAGGGAUUGAAGUAGUACCACCAUCGAUUUCGCUUCUAGCUAAGCUUCAAAAUUUAGAUUUAAGAGAAUGCGAAAAUCUCAAGUCUAUUCCAGUAUCGAACAUCUAUAAUAUGUGCAAUGUUUAUAUCUUCAUUGAUGAAAAUCCAACACAACAACAUUUGAUUGUUUCGUUACCAUUCGAUGUAAACAUUUCUACAAUGCUUGACCACUCAAAGUGCAAAGGUUCUUGUUUGGACAUGAAUCGAGUAUCUUUCCUAAACUCACAAUUUGUUGGGCUCAUAGACUUUUCUCGUGACGAGUUAAUACAUUGGAAGUUUAAUUAUUGGAAAAGUUACAUUUGUAGUGAAUGCUUCUUAUUCUACACAAUACACAAUAUUUUAGUCAGCAAAUAUAAAAAUCAGAAAGAAAAUAAAAUUCGCAUCUUGGUUUGACAAUUUGAAGUUCUGAGUUUGUUAUCAUCUCUUUUGUGUUUCAGUGAAUAUCUUGAACUAGGUAUAUCGCAUCUAUCGGGGAACCAACACUGUUUCCCAAACGAGUUGCAUCUAGCAUCGCCGAGAUCACAGCCAGAAAUAGGCACACAUUUUCGAUCCGAACAUACUAUUCGACAUUCACAUACCAAUUCACUACAACAAAUCUUCGUUUCCGCCGAGUGACAGUAUUCCCCGGCUACUCUACAACGCUCAUCACCACCACCAUCAUCACAAACAUUAAUUAUUGUGCCCACAAAUUUCUUCAUUUUCUACAUAUGUUUAUAAUAUGUGGUGCAAAAUUCAACUAAUUUAUUUUUCUAUAUCUUUUUUGCAUUGAGGCAACCUA